UAAUGACAAGUACUAGUAUUUGGAGUGCAUAUACUCCUACAAUAGCUCACACAGUGACUGUUGCUGUUGUUUCCUCUACUUAUACUGUCACAAAAAUGACCAACUUGGAGACUACUAACAAAACAUUAAUUAUCGCAACAAGUGCAGCUGGAGGUGUUUGCUUGAUUGUACUUUUAAUAGUCAUCUUUUUCUGUUUAUAUCUUAUCAUAAAGAAGAAAAAACAAAUGAGCAUUGCACAAAUACAGGCAGAACCACAGUACUGUGAAGUUUUAGAAUUGGAAGAAAAAGUGAAAGUAUCAGAAUGUCAAGCGUAUGGCAAACUUGAUAAAGAAAGAGUAAAAGUAUCAGAAUGCCAAGCAUAUGGCAAACUUGACCAGUUGAGGAUAACAAGAGACACAAGUUAAUAAUUAUAAUGAUAAUUAUAAAGGCUGCAAUAUAUGUGUAUGCACCACAACAUCAUUAUACAAUAGUUUAUUAUUACACAAGUGAAUGAUUGAGUGUUAUUCUAUUAAAACCAGUUCUUAGAUUAUUAGUUGUAUAUACUGUUGAAUAUUGUACUCCAUUAA